AUGAGCACCAACGACGACCGGCUCGUCCAGUCGGACGACCCCGAACACCCCGCGAACCUCAUCCCCUCCCUCUGCGCCAAGUUCUGGACGCUGGGCUGGGUGACCGGCACCGGCGGCGGUGCCUCCAUCCGCGACGACGAGCACGUCUACAUCGCGCCCUCGGGCGUCCAGAAGGAGCUGAUGAAGCCGUCGGACCUGUACGUGCUGUCGCUAAGCCAGACGCUGGAGAAGCACCGCGCGGCGGCCUCAGGCGGUGACGGGCCGAUCCGGCCCUCCUCGCGCGUCUACGUGCGGUCGCCGACCCGCUUCAAGCCCUCGCAGUGUACGCCGCUCUUCCUGUCCGCCUUCACGCGGCGCGGCGCCCGCUGCUGCAUCCACACGCACUCGGCGCACGCCGUGCUGGUGACGCUCAUCCUGGAGCAGGUGGGCGCCAGCGAGUUCCGCAUCAACAACAUCGAGCAGAUCAAGGGCUUCGCGAGGGGCUACCCGCACGCCGAGGUGGGCAACCUGGGGUACCACGACACGCUCCGCAUCCCCGUCAUCGAGAACACGGCCCACGAGGAGGACCUGACCGAGUUCCUGGAGGAGGCCAUGGACAGGUUCCCGGACGCGUACGCCGUGCUGGUCAGGAGGCAUGGGGUCUAUGUCUGGGGCAACAGCGUGGAGCAGGCCAAGGGGCAGUGUGAAAGUUUGGACUACCUGUUCCAGAUCGCCGUCGAGAUGAAGAAGCUGGGCAUACCAUGGGAGUCGGACAUCCAGCCGACACUGCCCAGGAACUCCCUCAAAGGACAAUGA